AGUAGUGUUUCCACGGGCUGACUGGCUGGCUGUGCUGGCUUCAUGUUGGCGGACCAAGUGGUAACGUUCUGCCCGCAUAUUUGUCACCGUACGGGAAUGUAAACAUGUCGGUGGCGUGUAUGAUAAAACCUUUAAGUUCGAAUCAAGGAUUAUUUUUUUAAUUUAUUUUUAAUUAUUUGCUUUUCGGCCAAUCGAGCCUCGCAGCCGAGCCGGGAACCACCGAGCUGAGCUGAAGUGGAGCCCAAAGAAAUCAUCAUAAUGCCAUCCCCGAAGGAGGGAUCGUCCAGAGAGAGCGACCUCUUUACGGUGAAACACGAGCUCAAGAACGCCAACCUGACGGGCCACCUGGAGCGGGUAGGAAUAGAAAACUUUGAGCUGCUGAAGGUGCUCGGCACCGGAGCGUACGGCAAAGUGUUCCUGGUGAGGAAGGUGAGCGGCCACGACACAGGCAAGCUGUACGCCAUGAAAGUCCUGAAGAAGGCCACCAUCGUGCAAAAGGCCAAGACGGCGGAGCACACGCGCAGCGAGCGUCAGGUGCUGGAGCACAUCCGCCAGUCGCCUUACCUGGUCACGCUCCACUACGCCUUCCAGACCGACACCAAGCUGCACCUCAUCCUCGAUUACGUCAAUGGCGGCGAACUCUUCACACAUUUGGUGCAGCGGGUGCGAUUCAAGGAGCAGGAAGUGGCGCUGUACAGCGGCGAGAUCGUGCUGGCACUGGAGCACCUCCACAAGCUCGGGAUUGUGUACCGCGACUUGAAGCUGGAAAACAUUUUGCUGGAUUCAAACGGUCACAUCGUCCUCACAGACUUUGGCCUCAGUAAAGAGUUUGACCAGGUGGAUCGAGCGUUUUCCGUGUGCGGAACUAUCGAGUACAUGGCUCCCGAGAUUGUGGAAGGAGGCGAGUCCGGACAUGACAAGGCGGUGGACUGGUGGAGUCUGGGUGUUUUGAUGUACGAGCUUCUGACCGGCGGCUCGCCCUUCACCGUCGACGGCGACGAGAACUCGCACACGGACAUCGCCAGGAGGAUUCUAAAAAAAGAUCCUCCUUUCCCCAAAGAUAUGGCGCCACUGGCCAAAGACAUCAUCCAGCGGCUGCUCACCAAAGACCCAGAGAAGAGGCUCGGCUCAGGUCCAAAUGGGAUGGAGAAUGUCAAGAAGCAUCCGUUUUACCAGAAAAUCAACUGGGAGGACCUGGCGGGCAAAAAGGUGCCCGCCCCGUUCAAACCGGUCAUCCGGGAUGAGCUGGACGUCAGCAACUUUGCGGAGGAGUUCACGGAGAUGGAACCCACCUACUCGCCCGCUGCUCUUCCGCAGAACUGUGACCGCAUCUUCCAGGGCUACUCCUUCAUGGCCCCCUCCAUCCUGUUCAAGAGGAACGCGGUGAUGGACGACCCCAUCCAGCUGUGCAGCGGCUCCGAGCGGCCCGGGUCAGUUGCAGUGGCCCGCAGCGCUAUGAUGAAGGACUCUCCUUUCUACACGAACUACGAGAUGGACCUUAAGGACAGCGCUCUGGGUGAGGGGAGCUUCUCCAUCUGCAGGCGCUGCACGCACAAGAAAACGGGGCAGAAAUAUGCCGUCAAGAUCGUCAGCAAGCGGAUGGAGGCACAGACUCAGCGGGAGAUGGCGGCUCUGAAGCUCUGCGACGGCCACCCAAACAUUGUCAAGUUGCACGAAAUUUACCAUGACCAGCUGCACACAUAUCUGGUCCUGGAGCUGCUCGGCGGAGGGGAGUUGCUGGAGCGCAUCCGGCGGAAGAGACACUUCAGCGAGACGGAGGCUAGUCGCAUCAUGCGCAAGCUGGUGUCCGCCGUCAGCCACAUGCACGACGUCGGCGUGGUGCACCGGGAUCUGAAACCGGAGAAUCUGCUCUUCACUGAUGAGAGCGAGAGCUCCGAGAUCAAAAUCAUCGACUUUGGCUUCGCUCGCCUCAAGCCGCCGGACAAUCAACUGCUCAAGACGCCCUGCUUCACCUUGCUGUACGCCGCGCCCGAGAUACUCAAGUAUGACGGCUACGACGAGUCGUGUGACCUGUGGAGUCUGGGCGUCAUUCUGUAUACAAUGCUGUCCGGCCAGGUGCCUUUCCAGUGUCAGGAGCAGAGUCUGACCCACACCAGCGCCGAGGAGAUCAUGAAGAAAAUCAAACAGGGAGACUUCUCCUUUGAGAGCGAAGCCUGGAGAAAUGUGUCGCAGCAGGCCAAAGAUCUCAUCCAAGAGCUGCUGACCGUGGACCCGAGCAAGCGGAUCAAGAUGUGCGGCCUCCGCUACAAUGCUUGGCUCCAGGACGACAGCCAGCUGUCUUCCAACCCGCUCAUGACGCCAGACAUCCUGGGCUCAUCCACCGCCUCGGUCCACACCUACGUCAAAGCUACCUUUAACGCUUUCAACAAAUGCAAGCGGGAAGGCUUUCGCCUGCAGACGGUGGACAAAGCGCCGUUGGCGAAGCGGCGCAAGAUGAAGAAGACCAGCACCAGCACCGAGACGCGCAGCAGCUCCGGCGAGAGCAGCCACUCCUCGUCCUCUUCGUCACAGUCGCAGGAGAAGAACUAUGCCGAGGGGGGUGACGGCAGCCACCGGCCCGCCGAGGGCACGCCGGGCACCACUCCGGUGGGCACACCCACCGGAACGGACCCGGGGCAGCAGCAAGAGCAGCCGGCGCCUCCCGCCUUUCACUUUUCCGACGGGAAGUGAUGACUAUCUUUUCUCCUUUUUUUUUUCUAUGCAUGGUCCAAAGGGAAAAGUCCGAGCCACGAGAGAGGAAAUGCCGACGCUCGGCCGCAUCGUGGGUCCACUUCUGUCGUCUUGGGCGAGUCACGUGGGGAACGGUAUUUAUACUCCAUUUGUACGGCAGAUUAUUCAUGAUGAGAUACCCUGUUAACUUAUUUACGACUCGGAUGAGGGAACGUGCGAAUACGGUGAAUCUUUUAAAAGAAAACUAUUUUGUGUACAGCAUCUAAGCUGGGAAAGACCCUUUUCCAAAAAGUAGUUUGUAGUCAAUGGAGGAUCCCUUUUUUAUAGAGAGCAUCAACGCUAACUCUUGUCAGUUAAGUUAGCAUCAGUGUGGCUGCAUUCCAAACGCUGCACUUAAAAUCAACUGAACGGAACGCUAUAUUUGUCCAUUCGCUACAAAACUACGGAGCCCCAGACAAGACAUGAUUCAGUAAACUGUGGCCACGAAUUAGGUUUAACCUUCACACAACAAAAAUACUCGGGCACUAAAUUUCAAGUCACAUCUGGGGCUCUGUACAAAAAAUUUUGCUAGGCCACACGAUCUCAUCGCAGCAGAUGUGUGCUAAAAGUCCCAAAGCAGGCGGCUCAAAUCGUCCGUUCACUUCCUGUUUGUGCUGAUUUAUAAAAUAAAUGUGCCAAAAAAUAGCAAUUACAUUUUCAAACUGCAGAUCAGUAGGUGUCGUUUAUUUAUUUAUUCUUUCAUCAGAAAUCUUAGAAAUGUAGCAUGUUCCGUGAGCAUGAGCGUAGUACCUCCAUGAGGCAACAGUCACCUACUGAAAAAUAAAGAAUUUUCAUGUGCGUUUACAAAAUCAGCUAUUUUACACAAGUUACGUAGAUGUGAAAGUUGAUAUUGCUAUUGUUGCCAACUUCAGUUAGCUCAACGCAAGGACUGACGGCUUUAAUUAGCGCAACAUAAGGACUGACUGGUGAAAAAAAUAUCUCCCUGCCUCAGAGAUUUUAGUGGUCCGAAAAUGUUUAUGGAUUUUUCAGUUUCACACCCUGAUCCAGUUUGGAUGCGGUGGUGUGAUUUUGUGACUGCACGCGACAUGACAUGAUGCGACACAAUGCCGCACGACUUCCCAUAGCAUACUUGCUAAACCCAAGACGUUUUUGCCAAGUCGGCCACAUUUAUCACAAUGUGGCUUUGAGGCCAACUUGAUUAGUUAGAUUCAAGCUCAUGAGAACGUUGACUCAACACAACUGUACCGAAA